AUGACUUGUGGUCCUCGUCAUCGAAUGUCUGGCCAUAGUCAUCCUUAAUAUCAUCACCAUUGUUGUUUUUGUGAAGAAAAAGCGUCAGCUCCAGCGGCGGAGUACAUAUUUGAUCAUCCACAUGCACCUGGCGAUGGUCGAUCUCCUAGUGGGUGCAGUCUCUGGGCCGCUGCAGAUUAAAAUAAGAAUGUCGCGGCUCUGUCCUCUAUGGAAUAACAGACGAAAGACUCUUUGGUCUUAUUAUUUAUCUUAUGCAUUUGUACAUUUCUUCUCGUUCACUUCCCUAACAAAUCUUAUCGCUAUUUCCUUAGAACGGCUACACGCAACAUUUUUUCCAUUCAGGCAUCGCUUUGUGAGGAAAUGGGUUCAUAGAACCAUAAUUAUUGUCAUUUGGUUAAUAGCUGUUGUUAGCGAGGUCGCUCAAAUUUUCUUAG